AUGCCCACGUCGUCGUUAAUGUUGACAGUAGACCCUAAAUUUAUGAGCCGAUCGAUGCCCGACCCGGUUGUUUGUGCUUCAGUUUUGGACAACCAUCAACCACACAUACCGAUGCUAUUGUACGACUACGUUUUUAGGGUUGGACGGGGUAACUUAACCGGUACCAUUGUACGCCAAAGUGAAUUUCUCACACGUAGCGCCGCCGUGCCGUUCCCCGAACUUAAGCAUCGGAGCAUUAUAUUUGAUAGACCUUUUUAA